UCGAAAAGUUUUCCAAAAAAGGAAAGUUAUAUCAAAAUUGUGGUAAUAAUGAAUUUUUAUGGUAUCAGUAGACUUUAAAAAAUCAUCAUAAUGAAUAUUUAUAAAAAUGCUUAAUUUAUAUACCUACCUACGUCUUCAUUUGUCGUGUUUUGUAAGUGAUAACUUCAUCAUCGCAGAUUUGAAAUGAAAAUCUGCUGAAUUGUUUGUUAUUGACAGUUUUGCACAAUGUCCUGGUCUGAGAAUAUUUUUUAUAUUCAUUAUUGAUUAUUUAUUUGUUAAGUUUAAAGUAUUGUUUGUUUAAGUUUAUUUGGAAUAAAUAUCAAAGUAGUUAAUUUCUUUAAAAUUUAAGUGUUCGUUUUUAUUACUUUAUCACAAUACAUUAGAAAAAAUGUACAUCGUAACAGGAGCGAAUUUGUUUGGUCAGUGGUUCUCUUGGGCUAACAAUACCAGUUACUUUGAUAAAUUCGAAACAGUGUCUCCUGAAAAUGAAAGCAAAUUUGAUUUUAAGAAAGCCAAGCUUGUCACAUCGUGCUGGUCGUAUAAUAUAUUCCAAGUUGAUAAUGUAUUUUACAUAGCUGGAUCUUGGCACGGAAAGGACAAUCAAAUUAUUAACGCACCAACUGAACAUAACAAACAGAUCUCUAAACAAUCAGGUGUACUGAUCACAGGUAACGAUUAUAUGUUAAUUUUGGUGGAAAAGGUGUCACGAUCGAUUUGGUAUUUCGACUUCGAAACAGAAUAUUUCAAAAAAAUUAAAUUGAAUGAAGAACCAAUAUUGGAAAGUACCGUAAAAAAAUUAAGAAUAACAGACGAUAUAGUAAAAGUAGCAGCAACAAAUAACACUUUUAUUUAUUUAACGUCUGGAGGAAACGUGUACACCGGACAACUACCAAGCUAUGUAGAUACACAGUCAUGUAUUGGCAAAGUUUCUGAUGUGGAAUGUGGAUACGAACAUUAUAUGCUAUUAACAACAGCAGGUAGAGUGUACACAUGGGGAAAUGGAAGGAGGCUACAACUUGGUCAUGGUGAUUUAACAAACCUAGAUGUACCUACUGAGGUGGCAGCCCUGGCUGGAAUCAAAAUAAUCAAAAUAAAGGCUGGAGGUUGGCAUUCCUUAGCUUUGAGUGAAUAUGGAGACUUGUAUGCAUGGGGCUGGAACGAUACUGGACAAUUAGGUAUGAAUGCAAAGAGGAACGGAGAAGAGAAUAUAGAGAAAAAGGGACAAAAGAACUAUGCUGUACCUAGACCUGUUGAUAUUUAUGAUGAUCAAGGUAAAGAAGUAGAGUUAGAUGUAAAAGACAUUGCUUGCGGGACAAGACAUUCAGCUAUACUACUUGAAGAUAAUACUGUUUGGACGACUGGUUGUAAUAAAUACGGACAGCUCGGAUUUUCUCCAAAGGACUAUGAAAAGUUAGAAUAUUUUAAAAAGUCAUUUCACUCUCCUAAUAUUACUAAUUUAAAAGGUGGUCCGUGGUGUACUAUUGUUGAAGCAUUCUAGUUCGAAUAAUAAUAUAGUUUAUAUAAUAUUUUUACUAUUUAUAGCUAUGAAGUUUAAACUGAUUUAUUGUUUUUAUGAGUAUUUCAUAUCACAUAUCUUGGCUACUUUUUUGCUGUAAGGUAGAAAAUAAGCUUAUAUUUACUUAUUAAUGAACUGUAAAAUGUAGUAUAAGUAAAUUAUUAAAAGUAACUUUUUUGUAAAUAUUUCUUCUAAAUCUAUUUAUAUUAUUUUUGUGGAAUGACGUCUAAUAUGUAUGUGAAUUGUCUAUUAGUAUAUUCCUGACUAUAUCCAGUUUCAUUAGGAGUGUGCUUUGAGUAUGAUUUCAAAUGUGCUCAGAAUCAAUGCAGAAAUGAAAAAAAAAAAUACAUAUUUUAAAAUUAAUUUAGGUGAUAGGAGCUUUAUAUACUUUAAGUAGAAGUAGUAUAAAAGAUACUCUAGUCAAGAGAGACCAUAAUAUAAUUACUAUAAAAUAAGUA